GAGUUAAGAAGAGGUUUAACUCCUCCACAAAUUCUCAUGCGUGCUGCAAAAGCACUGUUUGAAAAUCAUCAGCGCUUAGGCUAUGUGCAAGGGUCCCCUAUUAGAGAUCAUUAUAUCACAUCUGCCGAUAUGUAUAAUAUCAAAUUGGAACUGGACAAAGAAACUUGGAGAAGGCAUGCUAAUGAUAGAAUUAGCACAGAAUUAUGGAUGAAAGCGAAUUCAUCUCAAGUUGUUUUGUAUCAGGCACCAAAAAGUGAUCCAUUUAAACCAUUGAGGCUUGCUGUUAAAAGACCCUUGCUCCUAGAUUGGUUGCUAAAACAUGAAAAUGGAGGUUGUGUUGCUAUAGAUGGAACGCAUGGCACGCAGAAGUAUAAGUAUCCACUGUACACCCUGAUGGUGUUUGACGAAUAUGAACACGGACAUCCUACUGUUUUUGGAUUCCUCGAAAGAGAAGAAACAGAAGAUCUGGUGGAUUUAUUAUCUGCAGUGAAGAAGAUGGCCCAACAUUAUAUCCCUGGAUGGAUGCCCUCGUGCUUCAUGACAGAUUGUGCUGACAAUGAGAGACUUGCCCUAGACAUUGUUUUUCCGCAUAUCCCUGUAUUUCUUUGCAUAUAUCAUGUUCAAAAAGCAUGGACAAAGAAAUUGAUUGAGGUUGUGAGUGGUCAUGAAAAGAGAGCUAUUAUGAAUGCUGCUUUAGAAGAUCUGUGCUUUGGAAGCACAUUAAAUGCUGAUGGAGAAGAAUUUGAUGUGGAAAGAUCUGCUGCGAUGAAGCUUCUGUUAUUUUACAAAAAAUUUCAGCUCUCUGAGCCACAAUUUGUGAAAUACUUUCAAACAGAAUGGGAACCUUGUAUGGGUCAGUGGAUUCGUGAUGAACGGAGGAACACAUGUCGUAACAAUCAAGAUACCAACAACGCUAUGGAAUCAAUGCAUGGACACAUGAAGGAUUUCCUUUAUGGCUGGCGCAGGAAUGCACAUGAGCAACGUUUGGAUCAUACAGUAUAUGGUCUGCUAGGGGAUUUUGUAAUGAGAAUUUGGUACAAAGAUCAGAAGAAGCUACUUGGCUUUAUUCCAAAUAAGAAGAAAGAUCAACGUGUGAUUGUUGUGAUCAUGAAGACAAGAUCUAUGCUAACUGUCCCUGUUACUUGGCCUCAUGACUAUGCAGGCUCCGCAUUAGUGGGCUCUACAUCAAAGCUAAAUAGAAGGUAUCUUGUAAAUUGGAGACGAGAAAAGUAUGCAUGCGAGUGCUUCUGGUCACUCCAAGGCAACUUUUGCAAACAUCAGAUUCUUAUUCUACGAAGGAAAGGAUAUUCCGAGACCAACAUCCGCAUUUGUUUGGGCAUACGGUUUGGUGGAAUACGAGGUGGAAUCAAAGAGCUCUUUGAUAAAGGUCCUUCAUCACAGAUAUAUGAUUUCAAUGAGGAUCCAGUCCUUCGAAGAGAAUUUGCAGAUAUUGAAGUCAAAGAUGAUCGCCAUGACACCUUCAACCUUACAGAAGAUACGGACAGCCCUGUAAAGAAAGCAUCUGGUCUUUCCUUCCUUCUGGAGGAGGAAGGAAAGACCAAGCGUGUUCUUCAUACUCAAUUGGUAUGGCUGAAGGACUUUUUUGAUAAAAAUCCUAGUAUGCUGAAAGUGGGAGAGCUAGAGCUCCGGCAUUGCAUUGGACGUAUCAAGGAGUCUCACCAAGCAUGGAGUACUGGUAGAAUACUUCCUGUUGCAGACAUGUGGCGUACAUCCAUGCUAGAUAAGCCUAGCUCAUCAUUCAGGAAAUUGAGUUGGCUUGAAAAAUUAGCAGGCAUUAAAUGUCCUAAGCCACAGAGAUUACUUGAAACAGGAGAAAGAUUUAGAGCCCCUACCGCAGAUUUAGGAAAGGUAGAAGAAGGAGCUUUACAGCUCAGACUUCGAAAGGGCAGGCAGAAGACCAAAAGAACUCGAAGUCUGAUCAAGCAAUUCCUUCAGGCAAGUGCAAAUAGAGAAAAACGCAAAGAGGAACAAGCUAGAAUUCUAGGAGAGACGAUCGACUUGACUCUUUCUCCCUAAGUUGUUUGCUUGUGAUGCAUGAAUGUUGUUUCAAUUUCAUAGUAAAAUGAAACCAUUUUGUCCAAUUCCACAUUUAGCUGAUUUGCAUGCGCUGA